AGUUUCAGUGAAUGUGGACUUCCCCCAACUUGGAAGUUUAAUCAGUCACUGGAGCAAUGUGACUGUGGUGUUUGGGAACGUCGCGCAUGAUAAUAACAGAGUGGCCCUCUUUUUCUAUGUUAGGGAUAUUUAUUUUAAGGCGUUUGUUAAGUAUGAAUUACAGGAGUGGAGAGAUGGACUGGCGGUGGACAGUUUUCACACUGUUUUUGAACUUUCAGUUCACUUACGGGUCUCCCUCCUCUUAUGACUUGUUCCAAGGGUCUGCAUACACUGGAGUGGUACACAGACACAGAAACAGGAACUGGUGUGCCUAUGUGGUGCGCAGGAACGUUAGCUGCGCCGUGCAGGGGAGUGUGGAGAGCUUCCAGGAGCCCGUAGUGGCCCCCUGCCCAGCUUACCAGACUGACUGCCAGCAACAAGUGACAUACCAAAAUCGGUUUCGUCCCACGUACAAGAUUGCCUUCAAAACAGUCACAGAGUUGGAGUGGAGAUGCUGUCCUGGUUACCAAGGUCUGGACUGUAAAGACGUAAAACCACCCCUAAACCGACAAACGGUUCAGGGAACACAGCCUUACCUCCCACCAAAUCCUGGAUAUACAACCAGACACACACAGAGGCCAGAGCGGAGAGAGACAGGUCAACAUGAGACAAGGCAUGGUGGGACAGAUAAGGUGCGUCUUCUGGAAGAUGAAGUUCACCGUCUGUCUCAGACAGUCCUUGAUCUCCAGUCUGCUUUGACAGGGUUAACGGCCAACCUCCGCACAGAGCUGCAGGAAGACACAAAGAAGAUACUGGUGACACUUCUUAACAACAUGCAUCCGCCAGACAGUGCUACAGUUGUAGGCACAGAGGAGAGCCCGGCAGUGCUGGAUGGUCAUCAGGCUACUAAAGGUGGGAUGGCUGGAGACAAUGCUAUAGAAAAAAUAGUGAUCCGGUUGGACGAUAUCAACAAUGAACUGAAAAGCAACGGUGAAGCUCUGGAAGACCUUAGAGGAACCAUGACAAGUCAUGAGGGGCAGAUCCGCGUCCUGAUGGAUGCCUCUCAAUCUCAGACUCCAGCCAUAGCAGAGUUUGAUGUUAUACAGACCUACGUUGAUGGGAAAAUUGAGAAGAUGAAGAAGGAGCUAGACCAGAAUGUGGAGGAACAGAUGGCCAAGCUGCAAAGCUCAUGUAACGACAAAAUCAAGACUUGUGAAGACAACCGUGAUCAAGGUUUGGCUAGUCUGACCAAGCUGGUAGAUACCAAAGAAGCUGAUCUGAGAAAGGAGAUCCGAGCACUACGUCUGGACAUGGCUGCCGCAGACGGACCUGUACGAACUCAAAGGCAGACAGAUCCAUUCAAAGUGGAAGAGGAUCGGAGUGACCACAAAGACCUUUGGCGUGAGAUUGACCGUAUUGCAGAGGCUCACCGCAUCCUGAAUGUCCGCAUUGACAACGAGCUAGCGCACCUGUCUGCACCUCAGGAAGACAGUGAUUUCAGUCUAAUGGUGGAAGAGCUGGAGGCACGCAUUAAUAUCACGGAGCAAAAUGCAGAGACUCACUGUUUCUAUGUUGAAGAGAAGCUGACCCGUACGAUUUCGGACAAAGUAGCAGAACUCCGGCAGCUUCUGGAGGAGCGUCUGAGCGGCAUGGAGGACCAGUUCACAAACAUGCUGGUGGAAAUGAGCAAUAAGUCCUUCCCUGGGAUGUUCAGUGUCUCCAUGGAUGCCAUCCAGACAGAAGUCAACAACAAUAAGUUCCUUCUACAAGGCUUGGAUGAUAAGGUAAAUGCUGUUGGAGAGUUGUGCUCUGCAGGAUGUUCAGGCUCAGGAAUUAGUGUAGGUGCGAGUUCAUCACCCACACCUAAAGGUCUAGAAAACAUUUUGAAGGACCUGAGCCGAUAUAGGAAUGACUUGGACGUUCUUCACACAGAUGUCAGGGCCAACACGGACAAGCUCAGGCAACUGGAGGACAUUGUUGGAAGGGAGUCAGUCGCAAAUGAGGGACGUGUCAAGACGAUGGAGGACUUCAAGAAGGGAUUGAUUAAUCUCCAAGAUAAUGUGCUUGGUCUGGCUGGUGCUGUUACCGGGUUAAGUGACUCCAUAAGCAAAUACAACCAGGAUAUGCUCAGAAUAAACUUGACAUGCUGCCAUGCAGAGCAGAGUGGCACUGGGAGUCCAGCAGUACUCAGUAGCCAGGCAGAUGACACCAGGCGUCAGGUGGAGGAGCUGGGCAACAGACUUGAUACGCUCAGUAGGCAGGUGUCAUCUGAACUGAGUCAAUGUAGACAGAAUACACAAGGUGUUUCUGAUGGCAUCUCUGCUGUGAAUGGACGUGUGACCAGACUUGAAAAGGUGUGUGGAAGGCUAGAUGGGGUUUCGGCUAAUAUCAGAGAGCUGAAAGAUGGACUGGACAAACAUGUUGGUGGUCUGCGGGACUGUGUGUACAGGAUGAACGUCACCUGUGGAAACCACGGCGCAGACAUCGCUGCACUGCAGAAUUCCUUGCAGAGGUUCCAUGCACAGCUGUCUGCGAUGGCCAAACACGUAUUGAAAGACGUCACCGCCAAAGAGCCAGGAAUGACAUUAAGACCAGAGAGGCCUGCUAUUGUGCCAGAUUUGACUCAGCCCAGUACCAGAAUCCAACAAAUCCACAUCCCUCUCAUCAUCCCACCGCCGCCAUCCAACCCCUGGCAGCCGUCCAGACCCCGCCAACCUGGCCACCCCACUGUUCCCUUGGUUCCCAAAAGGCCGGUGGUGGAAACGGGUGAGGCAGGACCUCCAGGGUACAGCCGCAGGGUGACUGUGCGGAGAGGGUCUGAAGACUCGUCCAGCAUGCCUGUCAAAGGAUUUGCUGGAGCGCCAGGUUAUCCUCCUCCGCAGCCUGUGUCUUUCAAGCCUCUAUCAACCAGCCACCAAGUUCCCAUAGCAGCAAAGAUACCCUGGAACCCGAUGCAUCACGCUCCACUUGAAGCUCCAGUUUCAGCCGACAACAGCGCCUUUGCAGAUCCCUUCUCCUUCUCUGCUGGCCUCACACAGCAGCCGCUCUCUGGAGACUUUGGCUUCAUCCGCUUCAACAGAGUUCUAGUCAAUGACGGAGGACACUACAAUCCCCACACAGGGAUCUUCACUGUACCUCUGGAUGGACGAUACCUGAUUUCAGGGCUGCUGACUGCAAAGCAGGGUGACCGCGUGGAGGCCGUCCUCUCCGUGUCUAACCGCAGCAUCCAGAGGCUGCAGAGCUCAGUGGGGCCCGUGGCUGGCCAACACGGGGGCUCGGCUGCUGCGAACUGCGGCUGCGGAGGCUCGGUGUCCUUCAGUCUGAUCGUGCCCCUGAGGAAAGGAGACCGCGUGGGCCUGGUGAGGACCGGAGGCCAGCUGGCCACCACCGGGGCCAGGGAGAUCCUCUCCACCUACGGCGCCAUCUUCCUGUACGCACCACAGGCCAAAAGAUAGCUGGAGCUCAGCUGGGCCAGUAACAGCAAGGACUAGUUUGUUCCCUGAUAGUUGGACUGGAGGAAAUGUUGAAGAAACCAGUUUUCACUGAUCUGGAAACUGUGCCACUGUGUGAAGAUCCUCCCUUAUAAAUUCAGUUAAGAAUUGCCAAAUAUACCUGAAUACAAUAAGCAGGAUUUCUUUCUAAUAUAUUUGAUUAUCGAGAUGCUUUCUUGUACCUAUUGUGGAUGUCUUGUGUAAAUAAGUUUGUAUAAAUUAACAUUAAAAAAAUAAUAAAUCCCGUAAUUAUUAUUUUAACAAAACCAUCUCAGAUACUCAAUAGACCGUAUGGUCAACAUAUCAGCAGAAUAUGAUAUUGUUGGUAAGACGAUAAAUCAUGAUAAAUCAAAGCAUAAGCUCACUUCAUCUUACUCUGUAAUGUGUACUGUAGAAGGAGAGAAUGAUGAUUAAUAAACAUGUGAAGAGACUGAUGUGGAAAAAGCA